GAGUUAUAAGGCUGGGAUUCUCAAAGGCUCUUGAUACCUCCAGUUCUGUCGUGUCUCCUGCCAAUCCCUAGCACCAAAGCCAAACCCAGAGAUGGGUAAGCACCUCCUGCUGCCACUGGUCAUCCUGUCCUCGCUGCUGGGCUUCCUGCAAGCUCUACAAUGCUUUCAUUGUGAUCGAGUCAAUGCCAGUGGGGUUUGCGUAAGUGGAGAAAGAUUCUGCGAGACUACAGGCAGCCAACAGUGCUUUGUGAAGAAGGUCUAUGAAGAUGGCAUCAUUUCAUAUGGAUACCAGGGUUGCAGCAGCCUCUGUGUUGAUAUGAUGUUCCUUAAUUUCAAUGUUAAUUUGGAUUGGAAAUGCUGUCAUCAUGCUUCUCUCUGCAACAAGUUCUAAGACCGAGCCCAGCUUUUGCCCUGAUCUGAUGGAUACAGCUGAUUCAGUGUAACUUUCAACUACCGUAAUCUUCAAGACUACUCUUACCCAAAUACGGGUUCCCUCCAAGAAGUCUCAGACUAGUUCUGUUUUCAGGCCCCAUUUCCUUUCCUUCCCUCAUUGAGACAUGCCACUGGGAUAGUCUUUAAAACCAAACUGGGGAGAAGAAUGGUGAACAUAGCUAGGUCCAAGCAUAUCGUCUCCCUUUUCAAUCUCUAAUCAAGAGUCACCUUGGUUGCUACCUAAAAAGGCAGGGUCUGGUGGAGACUGUGAUGCUUUUAAUGCUGGGUGCUCUCGAGGCAGUAGCUGAAGAAAGAGGGAGAAACUUCAAAAGCUGAAAAGAGUAGGAAGAGUAGGGUGGCCCUAAAUGAUCUGUUACCUGAUAGGCUAGCUGCUGUAACAAAAAUCUCUGAAAUAUCAGUGAAUUAAAACAAUAAAAAAUAAUUGCUGAUUCAUUUCACA